UUAUUGGUAAAAAAAAUUCUAUCCAGACAGUUCCAGUGAUUCAUGGUUCAUAAUUUAGUAGUAAGUGUGACUAAAGUCUCAGUAAUCAGUGAUCUAAUAGUUGAUAAUCAUUGAAAGCAUUAGAGUAUCUAUGGUUAAUAACAAAUAAAAUAAUUAAUAUAUUAGUUUAAAGUAUAAUUAUUAACAAUAGGAGGGCGGGGUUUUUGAUAUAACAAUAUUAAUAAUUAAUAAUAAUAGUUAUUAUUAUAAAUUUCUUUUUACACAAUCGUGUAAUGAUAAAUCGAAAGAAUCACCACUCAGGAAUUUACUUGUGACGAUAAUAAAUUUAAAAACUUAAUAAGUAUGAGGAACUUUUGUUGAAUGACUCAUUUGCUUUAUCGUUUUAGUACGUGAGCAUUGCCCAAUUGUUAAUUUAAAAAAUUUUAUUUAUUUUCCGUAUCACAUUUCAUCGUCAUGAUGUCAAACGUUAAGAAUUUGGAGCAACAAAUUGCAAGCUUGCAAAUUGACAAUGCCAAUAAUUCAAAGGAAAUAAGUAGUCCAAGUGGUAUUGCCGGUACAGUUAAACAAGUUAAAAAGAUAGGACCUGCGGUACCACCAAAACCUAAAAAGUCGCAACCACAGGUACCGCAAAGUUAUACCAUAAAAUCUCCAUCAACACCAUCAUACAGUACUGUCUUAAACAAUACCCAAAUGAAUGAAAAGAUAAACAAUUAUUAUGCAAAUACACCACUGCCAUACGUGCCGCCCAAUACUGAAAAAAAUGUUUUUACAUCUGGAUUAUCAUCACAGCCGCCAUCAACAUCACAGCCAUUAAUAACAACGAAUUCAGCAAGAGCAGAUGCUUGUAAUUAUUACAACAACGAAAAUUUUUAUCAAAAUGACCAUUUAUACAGCAACGAAAUAGAAAAUUUCAAUGGUAAACAUACUGACAUUAAUAAAGUAAAUAACAGUAUUACCUUGAACCCUAGAUAUGAUGAUAAAAAUUAUUAUUUAAAUAUUGGAGGUAAUAUUCCGGCACCUCAGGCGCCAGUUAUGGUUGACAACAGAUCAAUACGCGCAACACGCAACGUUGUUUACAGCAAUGUUGAACCAGCUGUACCGAUACCUGUACCAAUACCGAUAAAUUCAAUAAAAGAAAAAGACAUAAUCUACAGUAACAUCCAGUGGAAUAAGCCAGAAAAUACUUAUUCAAACAUAACAAAUGCUCGUGAUGAUUUACCACCGCCACCAGAGCCUACGGAAUAUAUUUCAUGUGUGCCUGGUUCAUUUCCACCUCCUCCCGAAGAAUUGCCGCCACCACCAAGUCCCGUAUCAUCAAGUUACAGUGAAUUACGUCGUGCAACUUAUGAUCCUCAUCACCAAACAGAUUAUCAACCAGAUCAUCACCAUCAUCAUCACCAUGACUAUCCAAAUGACAUUUACGGACCAAGUUCGCAGUCAAGCUCAACAUAUGAAUCAAUAUAUGAGCCAAUAAAUCCACGGCCACCUUCACAAUUGUCUUGUAAUUAUUCCAUGUACUCCGGGUAUGGAUCAGCAAGUACACAGCCCCCAGGUAAAGUGUCUCCCGUAAAAGAAGUUGAUACUCUAACAGAUUUACUAGUACAGGGUAUGGAAGACAACCAAGAUGACAGUGAUAUCUAUGGAAUUUGUGCACAUUGCGGAAAAAAAGUAGAAGGUGAAGGUACUGGCUGCUCAGCAAUGGAUAAAGUAUUUCACAUCGAUUGCUUCUGCUGCUUUGUCUGUCGCGUAAAUUUACAAGGCAAACCUUUCUACUCUCUUGAGGGCAAGCCUUACUGCGAGGAAGAUUAUUUGAAUACUUUGGAAAAAUGUUGCGUCUGUACUAGACCUAUUCUAGAUCGCAUUUUGCGUGCAACUGGAAAACCUUAUCACCCGUCUUGUUUUACUUGCGUUGUCUGUGGGCAAAGUUUGGACGGAAUUCCUUUUACUGUAGACGCUACUAAUCAAAUACACUGUAUUCAGUGCUUUCACAAAAAGUUCGCUCCACGUUGCUGUGUUUGUAAGCUGCCGAUUAUGCCCGAGCCAGGACAGGAUGAAACUGUUAGAGUUGUAGCUCUUGAUCGCAGUUUUCAUAUUCAGUGCUACAAAUGUGAAGACUGUGGACUUCGUUUGUCUUCUGAUGCUGAGGGUAGUGGCUGCUAUCCACUUGAUGAUCACGUUCUUUGUAAAAGCUGUAAUGCUAAACGUGUGCAGGCACUUACUUCUCACAUGACUACUGAACUAUAAUAAUUUAAUCUUCAA